AUGGGUAGCGAGAUUGAGCAAUUGAAGGCGAUAGUGGGGAAGCUUCAGGCGGAGGUAACGCGUUUGAGCGAUCAGGAGGACAUUCGCAAGCUUCAGUACACUUACGGGUACUAUCUCGAUAAGUGUCUGUACAAAGAGGUCGCCAACCUCUACUCCGAUCACCCGGACACAUGCGUUGAGUUCCUCGGAGGCCGAUACAAUGGCAAGGAGGGCGUCAAGAGACUCUAUAUCGGUCGCUUCGCAAAUGCCUUCGUAGCCGGACGCAAUGGCCCUGUGCAUGGCUUUCUUCUCGAUCACCCACAGAUGCAGGGCAUAGUCGACGUCAACGCCGAUGGCACGCGAGCCAAAGGUCGCUUCCGCAGCAUGAUGUCAGCCGGUACCCACGAUAGCAUCAAAGAUACACACCCUCGCGGCCUAGUACAAUGGUGGGAAGGUGGCAUAUACGAGAACGAAUACAUCAAAGAAGAUGGGGCAUGGAAGAUCUUCAGGUUGAAGUACUUCCCUUUCUGGCACGCGACCUUCGAAAAGGGGUGGGCGCACACCAAGCCGAACUAUGUACCCUUCCUCUCGAAAACGUACCCGGAGGAUCCAAAUGGGCCAGACGUUCUUUGUGAUCGUCCGAUGCUCUGGCCUGACACGCGCGUCGUGCCAUUCCACUACAAUCACCCUGUCACUGGUGAGCAAGUCGCCGACGAUGAUCUUAGAGCUCCACACUUUGGUCAGGAUGCUUCAACAAGCGCUCCUCCACUCGUGCUGAGCAAACCAGACUCUGAUUCGUGA